CCUCUCUGGUUUAGUUUGACAACAUAAAAUCGAAUCAUAACCCGGACAGAUAUCUCUAAAUUCGUUAUCGCUUUACUCACUUGCGGAUAUGACAUUACUAUGUCUGACUAUGGACAUAAUAUUUUGAUAGACAUUUGUCCAACGAGGUAGAGGCUAGUCUGAUGAGGGGGCUCUCCAGAGAGGUAGAAUGCAACAGAAGAGGAACAUCCAGAUCAUUGAAUGGGAGGACCUGGACAAGAGGAAGUUCUACUCCUUCGGGGUAUUCAUGACCAUGACCAUCCGGGCCACCGUCUAUCCGGCCACCCUCAUCCGCACCAGACUGCAAGUGCAGAAGGGCAAGUCGCUCUACAACGGGACCUUCGAUGCCUUCUUCAAGAUCCUGCGGACCGAGGGCGUGCGGGGCCUCUACCGUGGCUUCAUGGUCAACACCUUCACCCUCAUAUCGGGCCAGGCUUACAUCACCACCUACGAGCUGGUGAGGAAAUAUGUCUCCAACUAUUCCAAGGACAAUACCGUCAAGUCUCUGGUGGCGGGUGGCACGGCGUCCCUGGUCGCCCAAACCAUCACUGUCCCCAUAGACGUGAUUUCCCAACAGCUGAUGAUGCAAGGCCAAGGGAAGCACCUGACUCGCUUCCGGGUCAAGCUGAAAACGGAGGCCGACGGGAAGACCAAAAUGGCGUUUGGCCAAACCAGGAACAUGAUUGCUCAGAUCUUUGCGGCCGACGGCUUCCGAGGCUUCUACAGGGGAUAUGUGGCCUCCCUUCUAACAUACAUCCCAAAUAGUGCGGUCUGGUGGCCUUUUUAUCACUUUUACGCAGAACAGCUAUCCAAAAUGGCGCCCAGUGACUGCCCUCAUCUACUACUCCAAGCCAUGGCCGGACCACUAGCUGCUGCGACUGCAUCCACUGUCACCAACCCCAUGGAUGUGGUCAGAGCUAGAGUGCAGGUUGAAGGCAGGACCUCCGUCAUCGAGACGUUCAAAAACCUGCUGGCAGAGGAGGGAUUCUGGGGGAUGACCAAAGGGCUGUCUGCACGCAUCAUAUCCUCCAUUCCCACCGCCAUCGUUAUGGUCGUGGGCUACGAAACCCUCAAGAGAGUGAGCUUGCGACCGGAGCUGGUCGACUCUAGACACUGGUAGAGGACAUUAGCACCCAAUCCCAAACCCACCCCUAACCCAUACCCUCUAUGCCCUGGUGAGGGGAUUAGGGGAUAGGUGUUAACAAUAUGGUAAUAGCUACACAUUUCCCACUUGAAUUUUCACCACAUUAUAUAUACAAUCAUAGGGGGUAAGGGACACGGAUUGAUUUGGGAUUGGACAUUGUUGCUGUGGCCCUGGUUCCAAUCCGGCCUCUUGACCUC